AGAGCCAAGCGAGUGAGCCAAGCGAGUUGAGUUCCUCUCCGAUCCCAUUCAUAAUUGAAUUGUUUCCCCCAAAUUUCAAAACCCUAGCUUUCCCACUCGCGCUUUUCCCCACUCGCGGCUCGUGAUCUCGCGCCCUUUAAGUAACAGGCAGCAACUGAAGUGCGAUUUAUAUUGUAGCAGGUAUUCAGAACAGAGUGCAUGGUACUAUAGUGAGUGAAAAUAUGGGUGACACAUUAAAUGAGGUGCAAUGCAGGGUUGAUGUGCCUGUUGUUUCUCCUAAGAGGGACAUUGCAUUGUUUGAAGGGGACAAAGAUAUUGAGCCACACAACGGCAUUGAAUUUGAAUCUCAUGAAGCAGCAUAUUCAUUUUAUCAGGAAUAUGCCAAAUCUAUGGGAUUCACUACUUCAAUAAAAAACAGCAGACGCUCAAAGAAAACAAAAGAGUUUAUUGAUGCUAAAUUUGCGUGCUCUAGGUAUGGAGUUACACCUGAGUCUGACAGUGGGAGCAGUCGAAGACCAAGUGUAAAGAAAACAGAUUGCAAAGCUUGCAUGCAUGUGAAGAGAAGGCCAGAUGGAAAGUGGAUCAUUCAUGAAUUUAUAAAGGAACAUAAUCAUGAACUUUUACCAGCUUUGGCGUAUCAUUUUCGAAUUCAUAGAAAUGUGAAAUUAGCUGAAAAGAAUAAUGUUGAUAUCUUGCAUGCUGUUAGUGAACGCACCAGAAAGAUGUAUGUUGAAAUGUCUAGGCAAUCGGGUGGCUGUCAAAACAUUGGGUCUGUCUUGGGUGAUAUAAACUACCAGUUUGACAGAGGCCAGUAUUUGGCUUUGGAUGAGGGAGAUGCCCAAGUUAUGCUUGAGUAUUUUAAGCAUGUUCAAAAGGAGAGUCCUAACUUUUUCUAUUCUAUAGAUUUAAAUGAAGAGCAGCGCUUAAGAAAUCUAUUUUGGAUUGAUGCAAAAAGCAUCGAUGAUUAUCUCAGCUUUAGUGAUGUAGUCUCAUUUGAUACCACUUACAUAAAAAGCAAUGACAAAUUGCCAUUUGCACCUUUUGUUGGAGUGAACCAUCACUCUCAACCUAUAUUGCUUGGAUGUGCAUUGAUUUCGGAUGAGACUAAACCAACAUUUGUUUGGUUAAUGAAGACAUGGCUUAGAGCAAUGGGCGGGCAAGCUCCAAAAGUUAUUAUCACUGACCAAGACAAAGCCUUGAAGUCAGCAAUUGAGGAAGUCUUCCCAAAUGUACGGCAUUGCUUUUCUCUUUGGCACAUAUUGGAAAGGAUACCUGAAAAUUUGUCUUUUGUGAUCAAACAGUAUAAGAACUUCUUGCCAAAAUUUAACAAGUGCAUUUUUAAGUCAUGGACAGAUGAACAGUUUGACAUGAGAUGGUGGAAAAUGGUCACUACAUUUGAACUCCAUGAUGAUAUAUGGUUUCAGUCAUUGUAUGAAGACCGGAAAAAGUGGGUGCCAACUUACAUGGAGGAUACCUUUUUAGCUGGAAUGUCUACACCUCAGCGCUCUGAAAGUAUGAACUAUUUCUUUGACAAGUAUAUUCAUAAAAAAAUUACCCUAAAAGAGUUUGUGAAACAAUAUGGAAUAAUUCUUCAGACAAGGUAUGAUGAGGAAGCCAUUGCAGAUUUUGAUACAUUGCACAAACAGCCAGCACUUAAAUCUCCUUCACCUUGGGAAAAACAAAUGUCAACAGUUUAUACACAUGCAAUCUUUAAGAAAUUCCAAGUUGAAGUUUUGGGUGUAGCUGGUUGUCAAUCUAGGAUAGAGGCUGGAGAUGGAACUAUUAAAUUCAUUGUUCAAGAUUAUGAGAAGGAUGAAGAGUUUUUGGUUACUUGGAAUGAGUUGAACUCAGAGGUCUCUUGCUUCUGUCGAUUGUUUGAAUAUAAAGGUUUCCUUUGCAGGCAUGCAUUGAGUGUUCUCCAACGUUGUGGUUGUUCUAGUGUUCCAUCUCGUUAUAUCUUGAAGAGGUGGACCAAAGAUGCCAAGAUUAAGGAAUCCAUGGCAGAUAGGACAAGAAGGGUGCAGACUAGGGUGCAACGCUAUAAUGACUUAUGUAAACGAGCUAUUGAUUUGAGUGAAGAAGGAUCGUUAUCUGAAGAGAAUUACAAUGUUGUUUUUCGUGCACUUGUGGAUGCCCUGAAGAACUGUGUCCUUGUGAAUAAUUCUAAUAACAAUGGAGCAGAAACUAGCAACAAUGCCUAUAGCCUUCGUGAAGCACAAGAAAAUCAGGGUACCCUUGCUUUGAAGCCAAGUAAGAAGAGGAUAUCAAGGAAAAGAAAGGUACAAUUAGAGCAGGAUGUUAUGCUUGUUGAUGCUCAAGAUAGCCUGCAGCAAAUGCAGGUACAGUUGAACUUAAUGGAGCCGCCUCAUGAUGGUUACUAUGUUAAUCAACAGAGCAUGCAAGGCCUGGUAAUUAAUUUGCAGAUAUGAUUGUGUGGUAUAAUUGUACUGGAAUAGGAUUAUACAUUUAUAUCGGCAUCUUUGUAGGGUCCAUUGAAUUCUAUGGCUCCAAGCCAUGAUGGGUUUUUUGGAACACAGCAAAGCAUUCAUGGGCUGGUAGAGUAAUUUUUACUUUUUUUCCCCUAUGAAAUUAUUGAGAAGUUAGAUCAAUUUACUUACUUCAACAUGAUGAAACGUUGCUAACUCUAUCGGAUCAUAUAGGGAGGGCAAUUGGAAUUUCGACCAGCAACUACUUUUGGAUAUAGCCUUCAGGUUUGUGCAUGAAAUGGGCCAUAUACUUGCAUCUGAGCUUGGAAUAAAAUAAUUUAGGCCUGAUUAGUUUUCACUGUCUUUACUCUAGCACAUAACAACCUUGAUUGCAGGAUGAACCUGAACCUCAGUUUCAUGGUAACAGUUCAAGAAAUACUUAGAAAUCACCUCUUCUCUAAUAUGGUAGUUUCCUCAGAGGCUGUCAUGUUUCUAUGUGGUGAUCGAAAAGAUAAUUGAAGGAACACGGGCACUUCGUUGUCUCAACGACAGUUCAUACUUCAGAGUUUCUGUAAAUAGAUUCACCAUUGAAGUUAACCUCAUAUGUCAACAACAUUCACCUUCCUAUACGGGCUCCAAAGUCAUUCCCACUUGUCUUCCCCACAUUGUGAUGGCCACCUCAGAAUGAUAUAAAAACCAUCUUGCUUUCUGCGAUGUAGUCUCUACAAAUUGGAGUGAGAAUGCCACGAAAACACUAGCUAGUAUGCUGAGAAAAGUCUCACAUGUGACAUGGAUGUUGACAUCCUAUCAUUGGAACGAAGAAGCAUGUCAAUUUUCAUGUAAUUAUACGAUGUGUCCAUUGGACCGAUUUGUAUAAUAUGUUAUACGUUUCUCUCAUCAUCACGCUCCUUUUAUGAAGAUCAUUUUAACAGUUGUAGAACGAAUAUGCUAUUGUAUGUAGCUAUAUGGCAUGUUAGUGUUACAUGUUUCUGUCAAGUUCCACUGUCGUAUGUUGUAGAACGAAUAUGCUUUUUGUUCAUCCAAAUUGGAACUUGCGAACUAAUUACAGUUAAUUAUCAAUUCAUGCUUCU